UACAAAAACUCGACAUAGAAAAAAAUUACAUUAAGUUUUAUGAACUACGUACAGCAUUAAAACUUCACAGCCAGUCUAGUCAUGUGCUCAGGCUUCCUAUGACUUAUUGGCACUAUUUAUCGCUUCCUCAGUUGUGAUUGGUCUGUGGGCACGCGCCUGCCUUGAGUCCCUGCACGCGCUGUACUCCUCCAACCAAUCAGCGUCAGCAUGAAAAAAAUACAUUCACGAGCGGGCUAUAAAUACCGACUCAGCGACGUGUCCAGCACAGCGCUGUUCUUUGCAUUCAUUGAGAGGUUAUUGAGUGCGCCGUGCGAAGCGGUCAAGAUGACGAGUGCAGUUCGAGCUCUGAGAGAGACUCUCCUCACAGCCCAAUCGGAAGGACGCCUCACUGUGGGGGUCUACGAAUCUGCGAAAAUCAUGAACGAUGACCCGGACAGUGUGUGUUUCUGCGUCCUGGCCGCCGAUGAGGAGUACGAGUGCGACAUCGCGCUGCAGAUCCACUUCACCCUCAUCCAGGCCUUCUGCUUCGACAACGACAUCGACAUCGUGCGCGUGACAGACCCUCGGCGUCUCGCGCGCAUCGUUGGCCACGAGUCCGGCGACGCGGACGAUGCGCACUGCGUCCUCAUCACGAACCCCGCCGAGGGCUCGUGGGAGGACCCAGCGCUCGAGAAGCUGCACCUGUUCUGCGAAGAGAGCCGCAGUGUGAAUGAAUGGGUGCCGGAGAUCAGUCUCCCCGAGCGCUGAACGGCCGCUGCACCACUCGGUGAGGAGAUGCUGUUAACCCUGAGGGAUCUGUCAUAUGGUCCCCCGGCCGAAGAAAGGAUGCUGGUUCUCGAUCCCGAUCCUGGGAUGCUGCAGAAGGGGAGCGCGCGGCCCCGGGCAGCGCGAGGGCGAGCAUGAUGAUGAACCAUGAUGAGGAGCGCUCUGCGGUGGUCGGCUGGUGCCAGGAGGAGUCGGCCCCCGUCUUUCAAGGGGAAGCGGUGUGGGUCAUCACGAGAGCUGUGGAAAACUGCUGAAGAAGCUUCACUUAGAGACACACGGAUGUACAAAAAAAAAAAAAAAGCACGAGGCAUGUAAGUGUGUCAUUAAGUGCACGUGGUGAGCAGCACUCAGCAGGAAAAUGACCAUCCAGUAGUGCGAGGGGAGAUGAAGCAACAGAAGGAGCUGCAUGGACUUAACGUUAAUUAUAUUUUUCAAGUGGCAACGAAAACAAGGGAGAAAACGACUCCAGCAUUGAUUACCGAUCCAGUUUUAUUAAUAAUUCCAUUAAAAAUGUGCCAUAUGAAACACAGUGCAUUGUGUUCUGUCUGUGAACUGCAGUUAUACCAACUGUCCGCAUCAUCAAUAAACAUUUAAACGUUAA